GGCGACUCCAAGUGGCGAUCUCCCAUUGGUGUCUCGGGGAACACCCGAGCCUGCGGAUAUGCAUGUACUCUAGGCCUUCGCCCAACAGAAUCCGUCAGAGUGCUUUGCUGACUCGUUACCCCCGCUCCGCAUCAACUAUCUGCCUCGCGUGUUCGCGACGAUAGCCCCGCCUUCUUCCCUUCUUCACAUCAAUCAUUCUCCUUUUCCAAACCGAUUCACUAUCCUUCCGACAACUGAUCCAACCCAAAUCAUCUCGACACUUGCUAUAAUCGGGGCCCUACAUCCGGCUUGCCAAAUCCUACUUCAUCAUCUCCUUCCCGAGACCCCACGAGGAACCCGACAAUGGCAAACAGAACCGAUAACUCCCGUACCUACAACGACGCGAACCACAACGAGGUCCAACAUCCGACCUUUGCUGCGCCCGUCGUGUUUGGACCGACGAAGUUUCAAUACUUCGCGCAGCAACAUGGCUCUCGAAACGCGCAAGCCUUGGAAACGUUUGCCACAUCCCACUGUGCCGAUGGUGCCGCUUUCAAUUCUCGGCGUCUUGAGCACGAACCUACAUGUUUAAAAGACACCCGGGUCGGCCUCCUCAAAGACAUCAAUGACUGGGCGGAUUCCCGGAACGGUGCAUGCAUCUUUUGGUUGAACGGAAUGGCUGGUACUGGAAAAUCCACCAUAGCUCGUACGGUCGCUUCGAGAUGGGACCAUAAGAAGCGGCUUGGAGCAAGUUUCUUCUUUUCCAGAGGCCAGGGAGAUCUAGCCCGCGCAUCGAAGCUCUUCAUUACCUUCGCCUACCAGCUGGGGCGUUCGAAUUCCCGCCUUGGCUCCCGCGUCCGUAAGGCUAUAUGCGAUCACCCCGAUAUCAUCCGGCAAAGCCUACGCGAGCAGUGGAAACAUCUCAUUCUCAAACCGCUCUCCCGGUCGUCGAAAAUGCACUCGUUGGUAUUCGUUAUCGAUGCGUUGGACGAGUGUGACGACGAAUAUGAUGUGGCGCUAAUCCUUAACCUGCUUUCUCAGGCAGCAAAUGUCACCUCCGUGCGGUUGCGAGUAUUUAUCACAAGUCGACCUGAAACCCCGAUCCGUCAUGGUUUUCAAUUCAUACCGAAAUCUACACAUCGAGUUUGUGUUCUUGACCAGAUCGCAAGCCCGAUAGUCUUUCACGAUAUAUCCACUCUCUUCCAUCAUGAGUUUACCAGAGUCCGGGAUCACCGCGGCCUACCAACUCAGUGGCCCAGCGAAGCAACCCUAGAACGUCUCGUUGACAAAGCAGAUGGACUGUUCAUAUACGCUGCAACAGUCUGUCGCUUCAUUGACAAUAAGGAUUGUUAUCCGCCGGAUCGUCUGACUUCCGUAUUGGAAGACACCGUGCACAUUGGAUCACCAGCGCAACAACUCGACGUGAUAUACACCAAGGUUUUAGGAACCGCGAUACCGGUUGAAGAUAGCGGGAGUCCGGGAAUAGAGAGGCAGAUACACCUGUUUAAACGAGCUAUCGGAUCCAUUGUGAUUCUUAUUGAUUCAUUGACUGCCACCGCUCUAGGCCAACUAUUGGGUGCUCGGCUGGGGGAAGUCGAAGGAAUUCUGAAAUCCCUGAGUUCUGUGGUGGGUUAUUCCGAUAGCGGAGAUACCACAAUCAGGCUCUUGCAUCCGUCUUUCCGUGACUUCCUGUUGGACAGCGGGAGGUGCGACGAUCGGUUCAGGAUCAUGGGGGACAACGCACAUGAAGACCUUGCACUAUGUUGUCUUGAGGUCAUGUCAAGGCAUCUAAAGCAGGAUAUAUGCUCUCUGGAGCUUCCGAGUACCAUUACCAGCGAAGUGGAUCUUUCCAUCCUCCAACGCUGUCUUCCCCAGGAAGUUAGGUAUGCGUGCCGGUAUUGGCUGGUUCACCUUCAGCGGAGCAAAGUUGAACUCUGUCACCAAAACACCGGAUCUGAAUCACUGCACCAUCGUGUCCACACUUUCUUGAAGAAACACUUCCUCCACUGGCUUGAAGCUCUCAGUUUGCUGGGCAAUUUGGCGGAGGGAGUUCUCAUGAUGACGAAUUUUGAAUCUAUGCUUACGUCCGCUGCCGAUCCACAUUUACGCGCGAUCGUCCACGAUGCCGUGCGGUUCAUACUAAAUUUCAGAUCGACAAUCGAAGUCGCGCAUCUACAAACCUAUUGCUCUGCUCUGAUAUUCAGCCCGAUGGGAAGCAUAAUCAGGGAGCAGUUUCGUGAUUGUCUGCCGGGCUGGAUCACGAUCCAACCGGUGGUUCAAAAUGAGUGGGACUCUACGCUGCAGGUGCUGGUGGGCCAUACAUAUGACGUCGCAAUUGUGGCAUUCUCGCCAGAUGGCAAACUCCUUGCGUCCGGAUCCGCUGACAACACUGUGCGGCUCUGGGAUCCGACGUCGGGGACCUGUCGCGCCACCCUGGAAGGCCAUUCGGGCUGGAUCAACUCAGUAGCAUUCUCGCCAGAUGGCAAACUCCUUGCGUCCGGAUCCGCUGACAACACUGUGCGGCUCUGGGAUCCAACGUCGGGGACCUGUCGCGCCACCCUGGAAGGCCAUUCGGGUAGGAUCAACUCAGUAGCAUUCUCGCCAGAUGGCAAACUCCUUGCGUCCGGGUCCACUGAUAGAACUGUGCGGCUCUGGGAUCCGACGUCAGGGACCUGUCGCGCCACCUUGGAAGGCCAUUCGGGCAGCAUCCGGUCGGUAGCAUUCUCGCCAGAUGGCAAACUCCUUGCGUCCGGAUCCGCUGACAACACUGUGCGGCUCUGGGAUCCGACGUCGGGGACCUGUCGCGCCACCCUGGAAGGCCAUUCGGGCUGGAUCAACUCAGUAGUAUUCUCGCCAGAUGGCAAACUCCUUGCGUCCGGGUCCACUGAUAGAACUGUGCGGCUCUGGGAUCCAACGUCGGGGACUUGUCGCGCCACCCUGGAAGGCCAUUCAAGCUGGUUGGACUCAGUAGUAUUCUCGCCAGAUGUCGAACCCCUUGCGUUCGGAUCCGAUGACAACACUGUGCGGCUCUGGGAUCCGACGUUGGGGACCUGUCGCGCCGCCGUGGAAGGUUAUUUGCGCGGGAUCUGGUCGGUGGAAUUCUCGCCAGAUGGCACGCUCCUUGCGUCCGGAUCCCAUGAUGACACCACUGUGCGGCUCUGGGAUCCGACGUUGGGGACCUGUCGCGCCACCCUGGAAGGCCAUUCGGACAGGAUCAACUCAGUAGCAUUCUCGCCAGAUGGCAAACUCCUUGCGUCCGGAUCCGCUGACAACACUGUGCGGCUCUGGGAUCCAACGUCAGGGACCUGUCGCGCCACCUUGGAAGGCCAUUCAGGCAGCAUCCGGUCGGUAGCAUUCUCGCCAGAUGGCAAACUCCUUGCGUCCGGAUCCAAUGACAACACUGUGCGGCUCUGGGAUCCGACGUCGGGGACCUGUCGCGCCACCCAGGAAGGCCAUUCGGACGGGAUCAACUCAGUAGCAUUCUCGCCAGAUGGCAAACUCCUUGCGUCCGGAUUCAGUGAUCAAACUGUGCAGCUCUGGGAUCCAACGUCGGGGACCUGUCGCGCCACCGUGGAAGGUCAUUCGGGCGGGAUCAACUCAAUAGCAUUCUCGCCAGAUGGCAAACUCCUUGCGUCCGGAUCUGAUGACACCACUGUGCGGCUCUGGGAUCCAACGUCGGGGACCUGUCGCGCCACCCUGGAAGGCCAUUCGGGCUGGAUCAACUCAGUAGCAUUCUCGCCAGAUGGCACGCUCCUUGCGUCCGGAUCCCAUGAUGACACCACUGUGCGGCUCUGGGAUCCGACGUCGGGGACCUGUCGCGCCACCCAGGAAGGCCAUUCAGACGGGAUCAACUCAGUAGCAUUCUCGCCAGAUGGCAAACUCCUUGCGUCCGGAUCCGCUGACAACACUGUGCGGCUCUGGGAUCCGACGUCGGGGACCUGUCGCACCACCCUGGAAGGCCAUUCGGACUGGAUCAACUCAGUAGCAUUCUCGCCAGAUGGCAAACUCCUUGCGUCCGGAUCCAGUGAUAGAACUGUGCGGCUCUGGGAUUCGACGUCGGGGACUUGUCGCGCCACCCUGGAAGGCCAUUCAGACGGGAUCGGGUCGGUGGAAUUCUCGCCAGAUGGCAAACUCCUUGCGUCCGGAUCCUAUGAUGACACUGUGCGGCUCUGGGAUCCGACGUCGGGGACCUGUCGCGCCACCCUGGAAGGUUAUUCGGGCUGGAUCGGGUCGGUGGCUUUCUCGCCAGAUGGUAAGUAUCUCACUGGGACAGAUCCCAAGGGAACCUUCUGUUGCUGGGAUAUUGAUAUGAAGCGGAAACCUCUGGCAACAAAAAAAAUCGAAAGGCACCAUUUACAAUCUACAUUGCGUAUCGAGAACCACUGGAUAUCGUUGGGAGUGCGAAAACUAGUUCUAUUUCCCUUUGAUCAUCGACCGGACUGUGCCGAGAUCGGGAAUGGAAUUGUUGCCCUCGGUUAUAAUUCAGGCAGGCUUUCUUGCAUUGGCUUUAAUUUGGACUCGGUUUCAUCUAUUGAUCGCUGUGGAGGGGAAUUGAGCAUGGGGGCAUCUCGAAGCUCUUCGGCGGUAAACGAUGCGGACAAGCAAUCCCGGGCUUCCUGGUCACAGCGGCUGCGGGAAGCCUGGUCUCGCCGGUAGCGGUGGGGUAGAGCGGUGUGCUGGAACGGGGGAGGGAUAGUGGCGGUGAUGAGCUGAUAUGCAGGCAUCGGGGAAAGGAGAGAGAUGGAGGAGGGAUCCGGAAACGCGACUCGAAUGAAUGAUGUUGAAGUUGAUUAUUCCAUUCUGUCUAGAUAGUGGCAGCCGUCUUAUACAUAAACUACCUGAUGGG